AUGCAUCAUGUGCCCCGCCGUGCCUUGCGUCUCAGCAGCACUCAACAGCUUUUCUCGUCUCCCUCGCGAUUCGGCAUAUUGAUUCGCACAAUGGCUACCGCCGGUAGGACGUACAAUGAUGCCGUCGACGCAUUGAAUACGCUGCAGACGCCGUUUGCCGUCAUCGAGGCGCGUCGCAAGGCGGGCGUCAGGCCUGAUGAGGCUUCUGUCAAGGAGAUGAAGGCGUAUCUUGCGCGGAUAGGAUAUACGACAUCCGACCUCGACGGCCUCAACGUGAUCCACGUAGCGGGAACAAAGGGCAAAGGAAGCACCUGCGCCUUCACCGACUCGAUCCUCGCGCGGCACCGCGCCCUCUCCGCGAGGCGGGUGCCGCAGAAGGUCGGCCUGCUCAUAUCGCCGCACCUGAUCGCCGUCCGCGAGCGCAUACGCAUAAACGGGACGCCCAUCUCGGAGGACCUGUUCGCGCGGUACUUCUUCGAGGUCUGGGACAGGCUGGGCGAGAGCACGGCGCAGGAAGACGCCGUCGCGCUGGGCACCAGGCCGAUCUACUCGCGGUACCUCACGCUCGUCAGCUUCCAUGCCUUCAUCCAGGAAGGCGUCGACUGCGCGAUCCUCGAGACGGGCAUCGGCGGCGAGUACGACGCUACGAAUCUCGUCGCGAAGCCCGUGGCCACGGGAAUCACGACGUUGGGGAUCGAUCACGUUUUCGCGUUGGGCGAUACCGUUGCCAAGAUUGCGUGGCACAAGGCCGGCAUCAUGAAGAACGGCAGCGCGGGUUUCACGGUCGAGCAGGUUCCCGAGGCGCAGGCCGUGUUGGAGCAAAGGGCGGAGGAGAAGGGGGUGCGGUUGGAGGUCGUCGGGGUCGACAAGCGGUUGGAAGGGGUCGCCAUCCGGCCCGAUGCGACUUUUCAGAAGAGGAACGCGAGUCUCGCCGUCAGGCUCGCGGAGACGGUGCUGCGGAGGCUGGAUCCCGAUUUCGAGGUCGACGAGGAGCGGCUGCCGCGGGACUUUACGGAAGGGCUGGAGCAGGUCGUGUGGCGCGGGCGGUGCGAGGUCAAGGACGAGGGGAAGGUGGUGUGGCACGUUGACGGGGCGCACACGACGGACAGCCUGAAGAUGGCGUCGCGGUGGUUCGCCGACGAGACGCGGGGGAACAAGGGACCCCGCGCGCUCGUGUUCAACCAGCAGGGCCGGACGGAGGCCAUUGAUUUCUUGGACGGCGUGUUUGAAGGGGUCAAGAGGGACGGUAGGGGGUUCGACACGGUCAUUUUCUGCACGAACGUCACGUAUGCCCAGACCGGGUACAAACGGGACUUUGUAAACCACCAGUACGACGCCAAGGCCAUCGAGGCCAUGACGGUCCAGAGGCAGUUCGCGGAGCGGUGGUCGCAGCUAGACCCCCAGGCCGACGUCAAGGUCAUCCCCACGAUCGAGGAGGCGCUGCAGCAUGUCCGGGGCCUGGCGGGGGAGGUCGCGGAGGGCGAGAGCGUACAGGCCUUCGUCACGGGGAGUCUUCAUCUUGUGGGUGGCGCGCUGGGUAUCCUAGAGGGGGCGGAUGCUUUGUGA